AUGGCUGCCGAGGAUACAGAAGGAUACUGGGAUAUCAUCAUUUCCUCGCUUCAGGAUAUUUGCAACGCCAAUGAGUCUUUAUCUUUUGAUGAUAUAUUCUCCAAUCAUUCAGAUGCAACUUUGGCAAAACUAAGCGAGUCUGAGUUGGAGACGCUCAGGGAAGAAAUCAACGAUCACAAGCUCAACAUCGGUACUGCCACGAGACUCAUUGCUACAGCCCAGCAAAACUUGCUGACGCUUACAAGCAAACUAGAGAAAGCUCAGCAGAAGCAGGAGAUUACUACGCGAUCAGGAAAGCUUCAAUCGGCGUCGAAAGGUGGGAAGAGAGCCAAUGGAAAGAAAGGUAACAAGAAGUAUGGCCGUCAAUACUGGGUAUCGAAAUAUGAUCCAUCAGAACCUAUUGUUAUUGGCUCUGAAGUUGCAUUCAAGCUCAAGAACCGUCACUUCGAAGAGUGGAUCCAAUGUGAGGUGACUAAAAUUCUUAGUGAUGGAACGAGGUAUGAAAUCAAAGACCCAGAACCAGAUGAAAAUAACAACCCAGGCCAGACAUUUAAGGCCAACUAUAAGGAAAUCUUACUCAUACCGUCAGUGCUGGAAGUUCCUAAUCUUAUAUCGUAUCCCCAUGGGACAAAGGUUUUGGCGCGGUACCCAGAAACAACAACAUUUUAUCCAGCUGUUGUUGUUGGACAGAAGAAGGAUGGUACUGUGAGACUUAAGUUUGACGGUGAAGAAGAAGUCAACAAGGAAACAGAAGUUGAAAGAAGAGUGGUUCUUCCUUUCCCUCAGAGGUAA